AUGUUAUACGAUACCUAUGACGCCUAUGCCUUCGCAGGUGCCGAUCAGUAUUACGGCGACGACCAUCAGCCCUUGGAUUGUUUUGGUGGAGAACAUGGUUUGAACCUUGCUGAAGUACGAAAUAGUCUUCCUCGUGACGGCUUAUGGGUGGAGAUGAAUAAUUGUCGAACUGGACGAGCGGCCGAAAGAUCUCGUUCAAAUGAUGGUGAUCGCCAUGCGGCGAUGACUUAUAUAACGUCCGUCUCGGGGAGGGAGCGCCCCGUACGAAUUAUGUGUGCGCAUGCGCAUUUGUGUGCCUAG